AUGCCUAGAUCCAAGCGUUCAAAGUUAGUAACUUUGGCGAAAACGGAUAAGAAGGGAAGAGAGAACAAGGAGAGGAUUUUCGAUGAGGUGAGAGAAGCUUUGGAUACAUAUAGAUACACCUGGGUCCUGCAUUUGGAUGAUGUCAGAACUCCUGUGCUUCAGGAGAUCAGAACUGCGUGGACUGGUUCGAAAUUGAUACUGGGGAAGCGUAAAGUCUUGGAGAAGGCGCUGGGACUACAUCGUGAAGACGAGUACAGCGAUAAUUUGCAUAAGCUAACCAAAUACUGUGGUGGCGUAACUGGACUUCUGUUCACUGACGAAGAUGUGAAGACGGUGAAGGAAUAUUUUGAGACAUAUGCGAAAUCUGACUAUUCUAGACCCAAUUCGAGAGCUCCGUUAACGUUUACGAUUCCUGCUGGUAUCAUCUAUUCUCGCGGUGGUCAGAUUCCUACAGACGAAGAUAUUCCGAUGGUCCACUCGCUGGAGCCUACGAUGAGAAAUAAGUUUCAGAUCCCAACCAAGAUCAAAGCAGGUAAGAUCACUAUCGAAUCCCCAUACACUGUGUGCAAAGAGGGUGAAAAAUUGGAUGUUCGUCAGGCUUUGAUCCUCAAACAGUUUGGUAUCGCUGAAGCCCAAUUCAAAGUCAAAGUAGCUGCAUAUUAUGAUAAGGAAUCCUCCGCUGUCGAAAAGGUUGGCAUUAACAUGGGAGAGCCGUGA